UGGUGCCAAAAUAUACCUACAAGUGGUUCCGUUCGGGUGCCGUCAUCGGGCCCUCCUUCAGUGCUCGCAGCAGGACGUCCGUCAGAUAAAGCUUAUUCCCACCUUAGUAUACGCGUAAAUCUGAAGGCAUACCUACUGCAUAGUAGGCUUGCAAAAUCAGGAUGACGUUAACGCAACGUCAUUGUCUCACCGCAGCGUUCGCGGGCAGGACAUAUAUCCCCCUCGUAUGACGUUCCUGGCGAUCUCCUGGCAGAUCCCGAAGGAAUCCCCAUGAAGUGAUACCUAGGUUUCUCUCAAGCCAGAACUUUUCUGCUACUUCAUUACUUCAGCUUCAUCAAGAUGGUCACUCAAUACGGCGACGAGCAUCACAUCCCGGAGAAGGACAAGGUAAACAAACACGGUGCCUGGCUUCCUGCGGACCACCGCGUGCACCGAGAAUGGCUUCGCCGAGCUGUCGAGCACACGGAUAAGCAUCCGGACAGGAAGCUGAUCCCGGUGCUCCAGGAGUUCAAGGAGUUCAUUGAGGGCAAUGAGCGCAUCUACAUGUAUUUCCGUGAGAUGUGGGAUGACAUCCCUCGGAAGCCGCCAUAUAACAAGGACCCAACCGGCAAGAGCCAGAUCAGGGACUACAAGCACAUGCUGGCUGUUCUGAAUCAUGUCUUCUCCAGAGCACCCGAGUGGACCGACGCCGCCCAGAGCGUGGGUAUGGUCGGCGUGCCGAUGUGCGCCAUCUUCGACUACGCCAUGGGAACGGCGAGUGGCCAUGCGGCCUUCUUGGAUCCCGACGUCAACCGGAUGCUGAAGAGGGUGUUGAAUGAAUGGGGGAAGUACCUGCAGACUCCGGAGUCCGCUGAGGUCCUAGGCGAAGAAGCCACUGGCUGGUUUGGCCCGACCGGCAAGAAAGACGUCAUGGAGGUCGCCAAUGCUCCUUAUAAGACUUCAUACAAGUUCGAGGACAUGUACAUCUGCGACCCGUCAAAGAAAUAUUAUGGCUUCAAGUCGUGGGAUGACUUCUUCACCCGCCGGGUCCACGACUCGGUCCGCCCUAUUGCCUCGCCAGACGACGACAGCGUGGUCGCCAACGCGUGCGAGUCCAAGACGUACAACCUCGCGCGCGACGCCAAGCUGCGUGACAAGUUCUGGGUCAAGGGCCAGCCGUACUCGAUCCUCGACGUGCUGGGCCACGACCCUCUGGCGCGCCACUUCGGCGGCGGCACCGUCUACCAGGCCUUCCUGUCGGCCUUAUCCUACCACCGCUGGCACGCCCCCGUCUCGGGCACCGUGCGCCGCGCCUUUGUGCGCGACGGCACCUACUUCAGCGAGCCGCUCGCCGACGCCGCCGCCGGCGCGGGCAUCAACGCCGACGGCAUCACCACCGCCCAGGGGUACCUGACCGCGCUGGCCACGCGCGCCGUCAUCUUCCUCGAGGCCGACAACCCGGCCAUCGGCCUGAUGGCCUUCGUCGGCGUCGGCAUGGACGAGGUCAGCACCUGCGACAUCACCGUCGCCGAGGGCCAGCAUGUCCGCAAGGGUGACGAACUCGGCAUGUUCCACUUUGGCGGCUCGUCGCACUGCCUCUUGUUCCAGAAGCGCGUCAAGAUCGACGGGUUCCCGGCCCCGGGCAACCACAACAAUGUCCCUGUCAGGAGCAAGCUCGCCGUGGUGACGGGUUGAAAAGGGGUCUCGCAAAGCUGGCCUGUUCGGUGGCUAUUGUGCCUGCUUCUAAUCUCUGUGUUAUGGUCGUGGUCAAUACUGUAUCCCGAAAAGAAGGAGAAAAUGAAAUAGGUUUAAAAUACGGAGGGGAUAGUACUAAUGUGUAUCAAUUUAUCGUCAUGACCACACGCCGUGUAUUAUUUAACAUGUAUCGUGACCUAUACGUAGUCAAGGUACUAACUUAGGUCCCCAAGUUAGCAUUUGGUCCUUUGCACCCAGUCCACAGGUCCUAGUCAUAUUUGCCAGUUACGGGGAUAGUUUCCCAUGUAUAUUUCUAUUGGCUACUAUAAGUGCUACCAAUGUGUGUAGGUGAGGAAGCGUGGCUUGCUGGUAGAGGCUUCAAGGUUGAUGGUGUUCGAGGAAUGGGGCACGAAAACGCGAACACAAAUAAGUAAGUGCUAGAAGGUCAAGCUAAUCACAAGAAAUGGCGGAGAACGGACAGUAGACCCCGGGUCU